UUCUCCUUUUAGUCUGCUGAAAACACAUCGCAAGCCGCAACAGGAGUGAUUCGUUGCAGCGGUAGGUAUCAUAAAGAAAAGAGCGAAAAUGGAAGCAGCCAGAACUGUUAAGGACGUUUCACCCCACGAAUUUGUAAAGGCUUACGCCGCCCAUCUCAAGCGCUCCGGCAAGAUUGAGCUUCCUCCAUGGACUGAUAUUGUGAAGACUGGUAAACUGAAGGAGCUUCCUCCCUAUGACCCCGAUUGGUACUAUGUCAGAGCUGCUUCCAUGGCUAGGAAAAUAUACUUGAGGGGAGGUCUUGGUGUUGGUGCCUUUAGAAGGAUUUACGGAGGGGCUAAGAGAAACGGUAGUCGCCCACGCCAUUUCUGCAAGAGCAGUGGAUCUGUUGCUCGUCAUAUUCUCCAGCAAUUGCAGAAUGUCAACAUCAUUGAUAUUGAUCCUAAAGGUGGUAGGAGAAUCACAUCAAGCGGCCAGCGGGAUCUGGACCAAGUAGCUGGAAGGAUUGCGGUUGCCAUCUGAGAAAUGUUAAUGUUUUUCAUGUUGCCGAAAUGUAGUUGUUUGAAAAGAGCGCUUUCCUAGGACUGCCUUAAUUAUUUUCUUUUUGGUAUAUGGAGAUUUGAAUUUUUUAUUUUAUAAAUUUAAAGAACAAUGUGCUGGCAA